AUGCUUUUUUGGAAGUAUGUAAGUGGUUUAAAGAAAAUGAUGAACCGGUUUGUGCCCAGCAGCUGGUUACUAAAACGAAAGACUUUCUACCAGUUGGUAGUGAACCAUAUAGUGAACGCCACAUGUUGCAAAAGCUUAAAGAACAUUUUUUUUGGGAAUAUCAUCGUUUCCUCGAAGUAUGGAUUGCCUAAUAUGGAUGAAACAGUGGCUAAUAUUAUUUUGGAUUACCAGAAGAAGCAAAAAUUAGAAGACCCUGAAACAGAGAAAUAUCAUCUGAUUGAAGCAGCAGCAAAACUGAUCAAAACGGAAAUCAAACUAUUAUCAACUACAACGGAGCACUAUCCCUCGUCAUCAGAGAUUGCAUCUGAACAGGAAAAUAAAAAGUUGUCGCCAUCAGUUUUGCAUCAUUUCUUGGAUAUUAUCAUUGGUCCUAAGGCAAGUGAUUUGAAGAUUUCCAUUGGACAGGCUUUGGUGCAAGCUUAA